CUAGAAACAAUCUGGAUGGCAGCAUACCAGAUGACCUUGGUCGGUUGGCAAGCUUAGAAGGGUUUGGCAUUGGUCAAAAUGAACUGUCAGGUAGGAUUCCACCCCAGCUAUACAAUCUCUCCUCUAUUAAGUUUUUGGACGUGGGAUUGAACAAAUUACACGGAAACCUUCCUCCUAACUUAGGCCUCAAUCUUCCUAAUCUCCAAGAGCUUUACGCUGGAACAAACCAAUUCACAGGACCCAUACCAAUUUCAUUAUCCAAUGCUUCAGGACUCGUAACUAUUGACCUUGGUAGCAAUAGCUUUAGCGGAUCUGUACCUACGAAUUUUGGAAGCCUCAAGGGUCUGUCCGUGUUACUUUUGUGGGGUAAUAAACUUGGAAUUGGAGAAUCUAAUGACUUGAUUUUUCGCGAUUCUUUGACCAAAUGCAGUAGCUUACGAGCGCUGCAGGUAAGCAGUAAUCAUCUCAGCGGUGCGUUGCCUGACUCCAUGUCUAAUAUUUCGACCCAACUGACUUGGCUAACUUUAGGAGAUAACAAGAUAUUCGGAAGCAUCCCAUCUGGGAUUCAGAAUCUUGUCGACUUAACAGUACUGGAUAUGAGGAAUAACUUUUUAACAGGGACUUUUCCCAUUGGUAUUGGGAAGCUUAACAAGGUAAGAAAUCUUUUAUUUCCAGCAAAUGGAUUAUCGGGGCAAAUUCCGUCUUCCUUGGGCAACAUCUCCCAAUUGUGGGUAAUCAGUUUAUCUGAAAACAAUCUAUCGGGGAGCAUACCUUCAACACUUGGUAAUUGCAAAAAUCUACAAGCCAUAUACCUCGACAGUAAUAGGUUCAGCAGUAGAUUAACCAAACAACUUUUCAUCUAUCCAUCUUUGAUUCAACUUGACAUUGGAAAUAACUUUUUUACCGAUAGUUUGCCAGUCGAAGUUGGUUACUUGAAAACUCUCUCGACAUUGAGUGUUUCAAAUAACAAAUUGUCCGGAGAAAUUCCAAGCUUGCUAGGCAAUUGUCUCAGCCUAGAGUAUCUCUUGUUGGAUGGAAACUUCUUUCAAGGAUCAAUUCCUCCAACAUUUAGUACUCUAAGAGGCCUUCGAUCCCUGGAUCUUUCACGCAACAACCUUUCUGGGGAGAUUCCAAAAUAUCUGGAGAAGCUUGCUCUAGAGUCUCUAAAUCUUUCCUUCAAUAAUUUCAAGGGUGACGUACUAAAACAAGGGGUCUUUGGAAAUGCCAGUCAAGUUUCAGUGCUCGGAAAUAAUAAGCUUUGUGGGGUUAUUCCAGAAUUAAAUUUGCCUCAAUGCUCUAGCCAAGCUUCCAAGAAACGGAGAAAGUAUCUUGCAUCAAAAUUAAAAAUCUCAGUUGUUGUUGUUGUCCUGUGCCUUGUGUUAGUACCAUGUAUCUUUGCCACUCUUUAUUGGGUGAGAAAGUCAAGAAGGAAACCUAUUGGUGUGCCUUCUGCGGAGGAUCCUUUCGUCACCAUGUCUUAUGCGGAGCUCUUUAAAGCAACAGAUGGCUUCUCUUCUGCCAAUUUGGUAGGCACCGGAAGUUUUGGCGCUAUAUAUAAAGGGGCUCUAGAUCGUGAUGGAACUAUGGUAGCAGUGAAAGUCUUCAAUCUUCAACAACAAGGAGCUCUGAGGAGCUUCAUGGCUGAAUGCGAAGCCUUAAAAAACAUUAGGCAUCGGAAUCUUCUUAAGAUCUUAACUUGUUGUGUAAGCAUUGAUUUCAAGGGCAAUGAUUUUAAAGCUCUAGUUUACGACUACAUGCCCAAUGAAAGUCUAGACAAGUGGUUGCAUAGAGAUGGCGAUGACAAGCUUGGAAGGAACUUGAAGUUUACUCAAAUGCUAAACAUAGCUAUUGAUGUGGCUUCUGCACUGGAUUAUCUGCACAAUCAUUGCCAAACGCCAAUCAUUCAUCGAGAUUUAAAGCCAAGCAAUAUUCUUCUUGAUGAUGACAUGAUUGCUCAUGUGGGUGAUUUCGGGCUAGCCAGGUUCUUACCUGAGGUUGCUCAAACUAGCUCGGUUGGAAUCAAGGGAUCUGUUGGAUACAUCGCUCCAGAAUAUGCGAUGGGUAGUAAAGCAUCUACAUAAGGAGAUGUUUACAGCUACGGAAUCCUUCUAUUAGAGAUGAUCACUGGAAAGGGGCCAACUGAUGGCACGUUUAUGGACAAUCUAAGCCUUCAUCAUUUUGCUAAGUUGGCUUUGCCUGAACGAGUAAUGGAGAUUGUUGAGCCACAACUGCUUAUAGAAGACACUGAAGUUACUCAGGGCAAUGGAAAUCAUAUCAAUACAAGAAAUAGAGUGCAUGAAUGCUUGAUUUUGAUGGUCAGAAUCGGUGUAUUGUGCUCUUCAGAGUCUCCAAGAGAACGAAUGUGCAUGAAAGAUGUGGCUUCAAAAAUGCAUGCAAUCAAGAACCAGUAUCUCAGGGCCAGGAUUCACAGAGACAUACAAGUUCGAUCACAAAUGUUAGAUGGAGGUUUGUUUUACCUCAGUCAUUACUAAGUUAUUAUCGGUAGUUAUGUUGAGAAAUAUUUUCAAACAAAGUUACUUUGUUGAAUACGUUUCUAAACAAGCUCUGGAUAUAUUUAGUCUUGGGUUAAGAGUGUACUUAUAUUCAUAUUGGAUAUAUCAAAAGAUGUGUUUCUUUUUCCUUA